ACAAAAAUAAGUCAUAUUUAUUUAAUUUUAAUUAAGGCAAAGAAAAAGAUACAUAAUGGGGAAAGUAUCAACGAUGAUGAUCAACGUUUUAGUGGUCUUAUGUUUGUUUGGAGAAGCUUUCUCUAAGACCAAAAAACAUCAUGAAGAGAUUAGUACUGAAUUUGAUUUUUUCUAUUUUGUUCAACAGUGGCCAGGAGCAUAUUGUGACGCAAAAGGAAGGAAAUGUUGUUAUCCAAAUAGCGGAAAGCCAGCUACAGAUUUCUCAAUUCAUGGGCUCUGGCCAAAUUACAAAGAUGGUGGUUACCCCUCCAAUUGCGACACUUCCAACCCUUUCGAUCCUUCUCAGAUAGAAGAAUUGGAGGGCAGGCUAGAAAGUGAUUGGCCAUCACUAGCAUGCCCAAGUGUAGGACACAAGUUUUGGGCACAUGAAUGGAACAAACAUGGAACUUGCUCAUUAUUUUCCACCCAACAACAGUAUUUCCAAGCAGGACUAAACCUUAAAGACCAAACCAACCUCCUCCAAACCCUCAAAGAUGCUGGAAUCGAACCCAAUGACGAGUUCUACAACGUGGAGGACAUGAAGGAGGCCAUCAAGGAGAAGAUCGGAUAUUACCCAUGGAUCGAGUGUAAUCGUGAUUCAGACGGAAAUAGUCAGCUUUAUCAGGUGUAUAUAUGUGUGGAUACUAAUGGCAAGGAUCUUAUUGAAUGUCCUGUACUUCCUCGUGGUAAUUGUGCCUCUAGAGUCCAAUUCCCUAAAUUUUAAGCUAUAGCUAGUUGCAUUAAUUUUCAUUUUUAUUCUUUGGAGAUUGGGGUGUUGAUGUAUUUUUUUCAUUAUCAUUCAUACAUGUGUAUCUUCAUUUAUGAUUGUUUGAAUAACCAUUCAUGCUUAUUAAUUUUAAAAAACUUUAAAGUUCUCUUUAUUAAUAAUCGGAUGUAAUAUGUUAGUCUUUUUUUCGGUGAC